AUGUCUGGACAACAAUUAUUAGAAGAAGCUAGAAAAGCUGUAACUAAUAAACAAUAUGAUGAAGCAGAAAUUAAAUAUAAACAAAUAAUCAACCCAUCUGAAUCUUCCACUUCUACUACUACUACCACCACCACCACCACCACAACGGCAAAACAAUUACAACAACAAGAAAGUGCUAUUUUAGAAUUGGGUAAAAUUUAUGAAACUUUAAAUGAACCUACUAAAUUAUCUGAUUUAAUUGCCGAUUCUCGAUCAAUUUUAGGUAAUUUUGCUAAAUCGAAAACUGCCAAAAUUGUUAAAACAUUAAUUGAAGAUUUUGAUAAAUUAUCAGCAAAAGAUGAAAAAUCUUUAGAUAUUCAAAUUGAUGUUACUAAAUCUAGUAUGCAAUGGGCUAUUGAAUCGAAAUUAUCAUUUUUAAGACAAUCAUUACAAUUGAAAUUGAGUGAUUUAUUAUAUCAAAAGAAACAUCAUCAUGAAGCCAUUAAAAUUAUUAAUGAAUUAUUAAGAGAAUAUAAAAAAUUGGAUGAUAAAUCAUCAUUAGUUGAAGUUCAAUUAUUAGAACUGAAAAUUUAUCAUGCAUUAAGAAAUAUUCCUAAAGCUAAAGCAGCAUUAACUAGUGCAAGAACUUCAGCUAAUUCAAUUUAUUGUCCGACAAUUUUACAAGCAGAAUUAGAUUGUCAAAGUGGUAUAUUAAAUUCUGAAGAUAAAGAUUAUAAAACUGCUUUUUCAUAUUUUUAUGAAAGUUUUGAAGGGUUUAAUAGUCAAGAUGAUCCAAGAUCAAUAAUUGUUUUAAAAUAUAUGUUAUUAACGAAAAUCAUGUUGAAUUUAAUUGAUGAUGUUAAUAAUAUUUUAAAUAAUAAAAAUGUUAUUAAAUAUAAAUCUAAAGAUAUUGAUGCUAUGAAAUCAAUUGCUAUGGCUUAUUCAAAUAGAUCACUUAAAGAAUUUGAAAAUUCUUUAUUGACUUAUGCUAAUGAAUUAAAAUCUGAUGCAAUUAUAAAAAAUCAUUUUAAUGCAUUAUAUGAUAAUUUAUUAGAACAAAAUUUAUUGAAAAUUAUUGAAAGUUAUAGUUGUGUGGAAUUAUCUCAUAUUUCUAAAGUUAUUGGAUUAAAUUUACAACAAGUCGAAGGUAAAUUAUCACAAAUGAUUUUGGAUAAAGUGUUUUAUGGGGUUUUGGAUCAAGGUAAUGGAUGGUUAAUUAUUUAUGAUGAACCAAGAAAAGACGCUGCUUAUGAAGCUUCUUUAGAAUUGGUGAAAAAUUUAUCUAAUGUUGUUGAUUUAUUAUAUGAAAAGGCAUCUUCAUUAAAUUAA